AUGCCAUCUCAUAGUUCUCGUUCACGUAGACGAAGUCAUUCAAAAAAACACAAAAAAAGUCACAAACGAUCACGAAAAUCAAGAGAUAGAGGUUCACCAAAAUCGUCUCAUGUUUCAAAGAAAAAAGAAGUAAAUAAUGAGAAUAAUAAUAAAAAUUCUUUUUACAACCUGCAGUCGCCUAUUGUGACAGUACCAUCAUCUUCGCCUGCUAAAAUCGAACCUCAAGAAGACGACAUAACAAUAAAAACACCAAAUGAAGAUCAAUCACCAAUUGAUUCAGUAACUUUGAAUACACAAGCAAGAAAACCACGUAAACGACGUUGGAAUGGUGAUGAAACAGAAAAAGUUCUAUUACCUAAUAUGCCUACAAUGAUUUCAACAUCUAGUAUGACAGAAGGACAACAAAAAAGUUAUAUUUUACAAUUACAAAUAGAAGACUUAACACGUCGUUUAAAAAUGAAUGAUUUAUGUAUAUCAUCAAAUCCAGAAAACAGAUCUCCAUCACCUGAGCCAAUUUAUGAUCAACAAGGAAAACGACAAAAUACUCGUGAAGUUCGUGCAAGACGUAAAGUUGAAGAACAACGUCAUCAACUUAUUGCAGAAUUACUUGCAAUAAAUCCUGAAUAUAAACCACCAGGAGAUUAUAAACCUCAACAAAUGAAGUAUAUUGAUAAAGUGAUGAUUCCACAAGAAGAUCAUCCAAGUGUAAAUUUUGUCGGCUUAAUUAUCGGACCACGUGGUAAUACACUUAAAAUGUUAGAAAAAGAGACUAACGCGAAAAUUAUCAUUCGAGGCAAAGGAUCUGUCAAAGAUGGAAAAAUGGGUCUAGUCAAACAUGGUCCAUUGCCCGGUGAAGAUGAACCAUUACAUGCUUACAUUACGGGUAGUUCAGUCGAAAUCGUCGCGAAAGCAGUAGAAAAAGUUCAAGAAAUUAUAAACCGAAGUAUCGAUGCACCAGAAGGACUAAAUGAACUACGUAAACAACAACUUCGAGAAUUAGCGUUACUUAAUGGAACACUACGCGAAAAUGAUUGUCUUAUUAAAUUGAAAUUAAUGACUGAAGCAGAAAAUAUUAUUACAAAUACAAUAAUAUGUACUAUUUGUGGUGGAGCUGGACAUAUACCAUCUGAUUGUAAAUUUCGUAAAAAGCCGGAUGGUACUUAUGCUGAUUUAAAUCCCGAUGGAUCACUUAUGGUAAAUGAAAAUCGUCAAGAACAACAAAAGCUUGAUUGUGAAUAUCAAUCAUUAAUGAAUGAAUUGAUGGGUAAAAAGGAUGGAAAUACAAAUUCUCUAUCGUUGGAUGAUCGACGAAAUUUGAUGAGUGGAACUAGAAUAGCUGGACCGACAUUAGCUAUUACAAGCGGAACAUCUACAUCAAUGGUAGACAGUAAUAGAAAUACUUCAACAGUUGGUGCAGUUUCAUUUAAUAGUAAUGGUUCAUUACAUACAAAGAGUGAUUAUAAUUCUCAUUCAACAAUGCCACCUAUUUCAAAUAAUAAUAAUUUCUCCAAUAAUACCUUCAAUCAAUCAAAUACAUCAUUUAGCUCAACAGCUCCUCGUUAUAAUAAUCAUGAAGUAUUCGAUGGUUAUCAUCUUUUACGAGGAACAAAUCGCAAUAAUAAUAAUUAUUCGUCAUAUAUUGAAGGUGACUCUUAUCGAGCUCAACAUAUUCCAGCUUUAAUGGCAAAUGGAGGCAAUAAUAGUACUAAUACUGCAUCAACAUCAUGGACGAAUUCUCACCAACACCAACACCACCAACAGCAGCAGCAACAACAACAGCAACAACAACAACAACAACAACAGCAGCAGCAGCAGCAGCAGCAGCAACAACAACAACAGCAGCAGCAACAACAAAAUUAUGUGAAUCAACAAUGGAAUCAAUAUAAUGCUGCCAUGUAUUAUCAAAAUGCAUAUCGACAACAAUUUUCAAAUAAUAAUCUUAGCUUUACACCUCCAUUGCCAAAAGCACCUCCUCCACCUCCACCACCACCGCGUUAA